UUCUUUUUCUACUGUCCAUCAAUUUCCGAGGCUGAAAAAUGGCUGACGGGAUCAAUUCCAUGGUACUGGAGCGGCUGGCUUCAACAGCUUAUGAAUACGUAGCUGGAGAGGUGAAACUUGUUUUGAACGCUAAGAAAGAUGUUGAAGAAUUUGUUGGCAAUCUCAGAGCUAUUCAAGCCGUUCUCGAAGAUGCUGAGCAAAGGCAAGUCAAGGAGGCCAGCGUGAGGAUCUGGUUGGCUCAACUCAAAGACAUAUCCUUCCAGAUGGUGGACGUGCUGGACGAGUGGAACACUGACAUGCUGAGACAACAGGUUGAGAAGCAAGAACGAGAACGAGAAGGUGAAGAUGUUGUCGUUCCUAAGGAGAAGAAGAAGAAGAAGGAGGAGGAGGUAACUUUCUCUGUUUCCUCUAGCUGCUUUUGUUUUCGCAAAACCAAAGAGGUGAUUUUUCGCCAUGACAUUGCGAGUAAGAUAAAAGAUUUGAACGAUAAAUUAAGUGUGAUUGAUGAGCAAAGAAAAAGAUAUGGGUUUCAACACAUAGAAAGAGGCAUUCAACAAUUACCUGAACGGCAGAAGACUUCGUCUUUUGUCAUCAUGUUAGAGGUAUUUGGUCGAGAAAAGGAAAGAGACAUUCUGAUAACAAAGUUGUUGAGUGAUGGUGGAGAAGAUCGGAGGGGGCUCCUUAUCAUCCCUAUUCUAGGGAUGGGAGGAUCGGGAAAAACGACUCUAGCCCAACUUGUUUAUAAUGAUGACAAGGUUAAAGCCUAUUUUCAAAAGAGAGUGUGGGUUUGUGUCUCAGAUCCUUUUGAUGAGAUUAAGAUUGCCAAAGCUAUAAGCGGUGAUGAUGCCCAAGGCUCAAAUGAGUUGGAUCGUGUCUUGCACCGCAUGUCAACAUCCAUCGAGGGCAAAAGGUUUCUCCUUGUCCUAGAUGAUGUGUGGACCCAUGAUCGUAAAAAGUGGGAAAAAUUAAGGGCAUCACUAAUUCAAAGUGGUGCUCAUGGCAGUAGAAUAUUGGUGACCACAAGACAACAUGAUGUUGUUGAUAUGAUGAGAGCAAGAAGUGACAUGAUCAAUUUGGGAGAGUUGAGUGAAGAAUAUUGUUUAUCAAUCUUCAAUCACAUGGCGUUUGUUGAUACAGAAGUAGAUGAGUCUAAGGCGUUUGAAGAUAUUAGUAAGGAUAUUGUGAAGAAAUGCAAGGGCUUACCUCUUGCUACAAAAGCAUUAGGUAGUCUCAUGUAUAAUAAGAAAACAAGGAGGGAAUGGCUAGAUGUCUUGAAUAGUAAAAUAUGGGAUCGAGAAGAGGUGGAGCAAGAAGUUUUUCAACCACUUUUUCUAAGUUAUUAUGAUUUGGCCCCAGCAAUCAAAUGUUGUCUUUUGUAUUGUGCUAGUUUUCCAAAAGAUUAUAGUUUUGAGAGGGAUAAGUUGAUUAAUCUUUGGAUGGCACAAGAAUAUCUUAAUUCAAAAGGGAAUAAAGAUGAGGGAGAAGUUGGUCAAGCAUUUUUUGAUAACUUAGUAGCACGGUCUUUUUUUCAAGAUUUGGAGAAAGAUAGUGUUAGUGGUAAAAUUAUAGGUUGCAAAAUGCAUGAUAUUGUUCAUGACUUUGUGCAAUCUCUCACCAAGAACGAAUGUUUGAUCAUCGAAACUGAUAGUAUUAAUAGUGAAAUAGAGGUUUUGGGUGAAAAGGUUCGUCAUUUGACCUUAAUCUUUAGGUCGGAACAUGGUGAGCCAUUGCCACUCCCACCACUUAAUGCAUUUUACAAUCGCAAAAACCUACGUUCACUCAUAUAUUUUGGUUCAUCCAUUACUAAGAUAGACUCAAAUUUUAUUCUACAAUUGAAAUGUCUUAGGACAUUAAAUUUGAGUAAAAGUCACUUAAUUGAAGUCCCAAAGGAAAUUAGUGAAUUGAUACAUUUGAGGCAUAUUGAUAUGUCAUGGAAUUAUGGUUUGGAGAUAUUGCCAGACAGUAUCUGUGAGUUGUACAAUUUGUAUACCUUGCGCCUUGUUUUGUGUCGUUCACUUGAAAAACUACCCGAUAACAUGGGAAAGUUGAUUAGCUUAAAGCACCUUUAUGUUGAUGGUUGUAAUAAGCUGGAGUACUUGCCAAAAGGGAUUCGGAGAUUAAAAAAAUUGAAAACAAUUGAUAUGUGUGUUGUGGUUUGUGGUGAGGGUGAGGACAGAGUAGCAUUACAACUGGGAGAUCUGAGAGUCUUCAACCUUGAGGGCAGUCUCAUCAUAAGAUUGAAGGGGAAUGUGAAAAAUGAGAGAGAGCUUGAGAAAGCACAGUCGUGGGACAUGAAGAAACUCUUUCAUCUCCAAAUUAAUUGUAAGCAUGUUCAAUACAAGCAGACAAGAAGCACUGUAGAAAUACUGAAUGGGCUACGACCGCACGAAAAUCUGGAAUCCUUAGACUUUUGGUAUCAUUCGGGCACCACCUACCCCAAUUGGGUGAUGUCUUUGCACAACUUAAGAAUCAUCUAUCUAUUUGAAUGGAGUGAGUGCAGGUUUUUGCCUCCUCUUGGGAAAUUGCCCAACCUUGAAAAGCUGAGUAUAAUGAGCAUGGGGAAGGUGGAAAAGAUUGGUGGUGAGUUUUUGGGAAUAGUUGACUCAGAUGAAACGUCAUUGACAUCAUCAUCAUCCACCUCAUUUUUCCCAAAGUUGAAACAACUCAGCAUCGACAUCAUGUCAGCGUUGGAAGAGUGGGAAGUAGGCGUAGAAGGGUGGAACAAAGAGGAUUCUGAAAUUUCAAUCAUGCCAUGCCUUUCCUCUUUAAAAAUUAGUUUCUGCAAAGGCAUAAAAACACUACCAGACUUCCUCUGCAAAACACCGCUGCAGGAUCUUAGCAUUUUGGAGUGUCCCAUGCUUUCAAAGCAAUGUGAACAAAGCAAUGGAGAGGAGUGGCCCAAGAUUUCUCACAUCCCAAACAUCAAAAUCUCAUCAUACUGGAAAUGAGUAAUGUGGAUCAACCGGUGACUCGCGAGUUAGGCAUACAUAUUAAUCUUCUUUUAAAAGGUAAUUUUAUUUCUUUAUAUAUUUAAAGGAUUAUUUAACUUCAGCUACUCAUUUUUAAUUUCUCUGCAGGACGACCGAGUGAAAGUUAUGAUAUCAAUAAACCAUCUAGGAAACUUAUCGUGCAUCAUCUUACUAAUUUAUGAAGCACUUUUUAGUAACUAUUCAUACGUACGUACCAAAUUCGAUAUCGCGCAUAAUUUUCUUAUCUUUGUUGCUCAAGUUUUCGAAGAAAAUAGUAAGACUUGAGCAUAGGCAAGCCAAAUUAAAGAGCAUCAAUUGAGGUCACCUAUAAGUUUCUCAUGAGGGAUUCUGUAGGACCUAAAAGCGUGAUGUCCACCAUCAACAUACCACUACUGAAGCUUCCCCACAAAUUUUGAUUAUCUUCACCUAAGCCAUGAGAACUUGCAGGCAUUGGAAAGUGAUUCCUCAAAGCAUUCCUCUGCUGACUCCUCAUUGCUUGGACCUGCGCUUAAUGAUCAUUCAUGGCCGUUUUUCAACAAGUCAAAUACAAUCAUGUGAACAGGGAAGCUAACUGCAUUUUGCAUAGAGGUAGUUUGGUUUGAGGAACUUACAUGAUUGUACAUCUCCUUGUAAAGGAUGGUCAUACUAUGUAAUUUUGGCGUGCAGAGUUCUAUUCUCCUUCGAUUGGGUUGAAAUCCCCAACAAUGUUUUUACUGAGGUCCCUUUCAGUGGUGCACCCCAUCCUCUCUUGUACAUAUUCUUCCAUAACGCUAAUGAAUAUCAUACUUCUUUCCAACAAAA